CGUGACGUGAUGACGGUGAGCAACUAAACCCGGAAGAAGGUACAGCUCAGACAGCAGUGACAAAUAAAUAUAAAUCAGCAGAAAAAACAUUAUUAUUAAACAUCAGACCUCAUAUAAACAAACUUUAACAGCACCAUGGACGACACGCUUUUCCAGUUAAAGUUCACAUCAAAGCAGUUGGAGCGUCUGGCCAAAAAGGCAGAGAAAGACUCAAAAACUGAACAAGCAAAAGUGAAAAAGGCCCUCCAGCAGAAGAAUGUGGAAUGUGCACGGGUGUACGCAGAGAACGCCAUUCGCAAGAAAAACGAGGGCUUAAACUGGCUGCGUAUGGCAUCUCGUGUGGAUGCUGUGGCCUCAAAGGUUCAGACGGCAGUGACUAUGAAAGGGGUGGCAAAAAACAUGACGCAGGUGACUAAAUCUCUGGAUAAGGCUCUGAACUCAAUGGACCUGCAGAAAGUGUCAGCUGUUAUGGACAAGUUUGAGACCCAGGUUCAGAAUCUAGAUGUUCACACCUCGGUUAUGGAGGACUCGAUGAGCUCUGCCACCACACUGACAACACCACAGGAUCAGGUGGAUGAUCUGAUUCUGCAGAUCGCAGAGGAGAGUGGUCUGGAGGUGAUGGAUCAGCUCAGUCAACUCCCAGCAGGAGCCACAUCACUGGCAGAAACAUCAGUACGCGCACAGGAUAAAGAAGACCAACUCUCUAGACGGUUGGCUGCCUUACGUAACUGAUUGUGUGAAGAUAUAACUCUUCUAGCUCUGAGGACUUUACCAGAACGUUGACACUUUGUUAUCCCAAUCAAUCUGUUUAUGUACACAUACAACACUCUUGAUAACUAGAAAAGAAAUACUCUCUUUCUCUCCUGUAUUAUCUGGGCUCUUUAUUGGACUGUAUCUCUGUCAUCAAACAUGGCUCUGAUACCAAUCAGAAAGUCACAAAUCUAAUCUUAUAUAUGCUACUUUGUAUGGAGCUUUUUUGUUUUAUUGUGUUCAUAUUUUGUGUUUAUUUUGUGCAGAUGUACAGUGGCUGUGAUAACACGAGUGUUACCAGCUGUCACAGAUGUCAUAUUGUCCUAUACAGUACAUGAAAUGCAACAAACACAAUGGCUUUGGUUCUUCAUGUCUUUUUGCCAAACACAUGUGAGUUAGUAGGUGCUUCUUCCCAUCAGUGCCUCCAUCUAACAACAAUAACAUAAAAAAAAAACACAUGUUCUUACAGCUCUGUUUUUACUUUAAUUUCUCGUCAGUUUCUCCAUGUAUUGGCUCCCUUUAUGGGUUUCCUUGUAUUUGAAUUUUUUGUGUGUUUGUGCAUUAUUGUGUAAAUAAAGUCAAAUAUUAGUACUGAAAAA